CGUUCCGCUCCUUCCGGCUGCUGGGGGGCAUUCGGAGUGGACACAGCGGUCGCUGGUUCCCACUGUGUAGCCCUGAGGAGUGCUGCCCACUGUGAUCACCAUCGGUGUUAUGCAUCCCUGAUCUCCUGAGGAAGCCUCUGAAGAGAGGAAUUCCCACACCUAUGGCUGGGGUUCUGCGCUCAGUAUUUCAGAGGCCUCCAGGCAGACUACAGACUGUGAAGAAAGGUGCAGAAUCUCUCAUUGGUACAGAGUGGAUUCGUCACAAAUUUACCAGAUCAAGAAUUCCAGAUAAAGUAUUUCAGCCUAGACCUGAAGAUCAUGAAAAAUACGGUGGAGACCCCCAAAACCCCCAUAAACUGCACAUUGUUACAAGAAUAAGAAGCACAAAGAGGCGUCCAUACUGGGAGAAAGAUACGAUCAAGAUGCUGGGACUACAGAAGGCACACAGCCCUCAGAUCCACAAGAACAUCCCGUCAGUGAAUGCAAAGCUAAAAGUGGUUAAACACUUGAUACGCAUCCAGCCCCUGAAGCUGCCACAGGGACUUCCCACAGAAGAGACCAUGUCCAGCACGUGCCUCAAGAGCACUGGGGAAUUGGUGGUGCAGUGGCAUCUGAAGCCUGUGGAGCAGGAAGCAAAGUCCUGAGGCCGCACAGAUUCAGGCACAGAUGGACUUGCUGAGGAAACCGUUCUCAUUAAAGUGUGUUAAUCCAGUUAUUUCCGCUGAUGAAGUCCUGAUGUUAUCACUUGGUUCAGUUCUCUCCCUUUCUCCCCUAAGAAUUUUACUCCUCAGAGGGCAAGAUCAACAUUGAAUAGCUCCCAUUAGGCCCCUAACACUAACAGUUGUCAUUGUCUCCUUGGAGAAACUGUUGUCUUCUUUAACUGCUUCCUCACUGAAUUCUAUAGAUUCGAGAGGCUAUGUACUAGUCAGUCCGAGGCUUGGUAGCUUAUUGGGCAAGGAGGUUUAUCUUGGUUCUAAGCUCUGAGGAGUCCAAGCAAGGGCAGCAUAUCUCCUGAGGGCCUCCUGUAGGAUCCCCUAUGUAUCAUGUCAUACAUGAUAGGGGAUGCCACACAGUUUUUUAUGUCAGUGGUGGAAAAAGUCAUAGGUAAG